AUGGAUACUCAGACUCAGGUAGAAAUCGCCGCAGGGCAGGCGUCCGAUCUCGUCCAACUAUGGCAGAGAGCAGUCGAAGACUAUGAGAAACGGACCAAGAAAAGUCUGCACCUGGCACAGUUCAGCAACAUGGGCCAAAUCAUGAAGGGCACGGAAGGCUUGUCGAACGAGUUCAAGGAUUUCCGGCAUGACCGAUCGAAAACAGACAAUGUGCGGACCGCAUUGAAAAACAACCUCUGGCUGAUUCAGAAGGUCGUCAAUACGGUCGAGGUGGUUGGGACUGCUGCAUCGGCCUUUCCUCCUGCGAUGCCGGCCGGCUUGAUUUUCACGGCCUUUGGGCAGGUCAUGCAGUCUUUUGCCACGGUAUCUGCCGACUAUGACAAGAUCAUGGGGUUUUUCGACUUCACGCAUCGUUUUUUCGACAGGCUCUCGAUGAUCGAGAAGAAAACUCCACAGCAACAGCCGUUUCAGCGAUGUGUUGCUCGUGUCUUCUCAGGCAUGCUGACCAUUUGUUCCGUGGCCCAGGAAUAUGCCGAGAAAAAGAGAUUAAAGAAGUGGUUUAGCAACUUGAUUGAUGGAUCGGAUGGGGCUCUCUCGGGAGCGAUCCAGGACAUGGAGGAGGCCGUGAAUGAGCUGACUCAGGCCGUCGGUCUGGCCACGUUUCGGACUGUUGAGAUCCUGGACGACAUUGUUCAACGCAUGAAUGGAAACGUCGAGUUCCUCGUCACGCAAGUUACUGUGAUCGAUGGGCGCAUGGCAGCCAUCCAAUCCGACACGGGGACGAUUCUCGAACAGAAUCGGCAGCUGGAACGGAAGCAGGACGCCCUGAUCCAGAUGCUGGACGAGCAAUCCCGGUUAUUCAACGACGCGGUACGGAGUUUCGACUAUAUCCAGAUGGGGGCCAAUUUUGGACCAAGCUUCCAGACGAGUCUGCUGAAACUGGACGUCGUACGUCUCCGGCUGACCCGAUGGGGUCAGUCCGUCGGACUGGCGAACGUCCACGACGAUGUGAAACGACUCCAGAUGACGAGCCUCACCCCGGAAGAUCGAGAGCAGGUCCAAGACCUUCUGGCCCAGGUUCUGGAGCUCUUUGCGGAAGCCGAGGCGGCUUCGAAGCGAUUACGAAGGCGCAACCCCAGCGUGCCAGUGCUGAACGCCGCGGAAGAGCUAGACAGCGUCUCAGCCUCACUUCACCAGAAGAUGGAAGAUCUCGCAAAGAAGCGGCAGGGCAAAUCCCAGUUGAAGCAGGACCAAUUGACGAUCCUGUACGAGGAGAAGAAUUUCAUCCGACUGAUCGACGACAUCAGCGAAUUGGUGGACGGGUUGGUCGAUCUUUUCCCGGGAAUCCAAGAAGAACAGUGCAGGCUGUGUGAGGAAGAGGUGUCCGGAAUGAACACGAACGAGAGCGUGCUUCCGCUACUGAAAGAGGUCGCUGCUGGCCACGACAAGCUGCUGAGUGACACGGUUGUCAAAGUCGUCCAAUCGACCACCGCCUACACCAACAGUGUGGUGUUCUCGGGGGUCAACUCGGGCUUCCAGCUAGGAAACAAUUCCGGCAGGAUUAGCGGUGUUCGCUUUGGCAGUUCCUAA